AUGAAUGCUGCACGACUACUUCAUACAGCAUCCAUAUUAGAAAAUGGUAAAGUAUUAGUUAUUGGUGGAGCUGGUACUGAUAGUACUCUCAAUAGUGCUGAAUUAUAUGAUCCAACAACAGGCAGUUGGACAAAUACAGGAAACAUGAGUGUCGCACGAUACUAUCAUACAGCAUCCACAUUAGGAAAUAGACAAGUAUUAGUUACUGGUGGAUUCAAUGAUACUACUCCGUUUAAUAGUACCGAGUUAUAUGAUCCAACAACAGGUAGCUGGACAACUGCAGGAAGCAUGAAUGUUGCACGAUACUAUCAUACAGCAUCCAUAUUAGGAAAUGGGAAAGUAUUAGUUACUGGUGGCUAUGGUACUAGUAGAACUCUCAAUAGUGUUGAAUUCUAUGAUCCAACAACAGGCAGUUGGACAAGUACAGGAAACAUGAGUGUCGCACGAUAUUAUCAUACAGCAUGCAUAUUGGUAAAUGGACAAGUAUUAGUUACUGGUGGAUCUAACGAUGAUAGUAAUCUCAAUAGCUCUGAAUUAUAUGAUCCAAAAACAGGUAAUUGGAUAACCACAGGAAGCAUGAAUGUCGCACGAUACUAUCACACAGCAUCCAUAUUAGAAAAUGGCAAAGUAUUGGUUACUGGUGGAUUUGGUGAUAAUGGUAUUCUCAAUAGCACUGAAUUAUAUAAUCCAACAACAGGUAGCUGGACAAAUACAGGAAACAUGAAUGUCGCACGAGCCUUUCAUACAGCAUCCGUAUUAGAAGAUGAAAAAGUAUUAGUCACUGGUGGAUAUAAUUUUAAUUAUAAUUUCAAUAGUGCUGAAUUAUAUGAUCUAACAACCGGUAGUUGGACAAGUACAGGAAACAUGAGUGUCUCACGAUAUUAUCAUACAGCAUCCAUAUUAGGAAAUGGGACAGUAUUAAUUGCUGGUGGAAAUGAUGGUUUCCAAAUGAUAUUUCCUGGCCAAUUUUUACGUUACUUUACUCUCAAUAGCACUGAACUAUAUUGA